UUAUUUAUUAUUUUUUAUUCUAACCAACAACCAUAUCCACCUAAAGUUGUUAUAUUUAGAGUUUACAGUGUGUAAGUGAUAAAUGCGUACUUAUGAAAUCCCAGAUGUGAAGUGUGAUGUAGUGAGUGUGGGCUGUGUUUUGAAUGCGCCCCCUGGGCGGUCCCGGUGAUCAGCUGACCCUCAGCCGCCGCAGGACUCCCCGACUCGCUCAGAUCCUCCAUAACGCUGGUCGCUGUUCUAUUAUACGUGGUACAGUGUGUUAUGCUUCCGAAGUAGGAGAAAUACGUCAAUGGUUUUGGCUGAUGGCGGCUGAAGCCCAGCCUCGUCCCCCGCAGACCCGGAAACCGGUUCUGAUCAGCAAGAUCGAAUCUAUUCAGGAUGUAGUGAACACGGCUGUCAUCAUCCCCAAGGAGGACGGAGUGAUCACCGUCUCGCAGGACAGGACGGUGCGUGUUUGGCUGAAGAGAGACAGUGGACAGUACUGGCCAAGCAUCUACCACACCAUGCCCGCUCCCUGUUCGUGCAUGUCUUUUAACCCAGAGACCCGAAGGCUUUCAGUUGGGAUGGACAAUGGAGUUGUUUCUGAGUUCAUUGUGUCUGAGGACUUUAAUAAGAUGACUCCAGCUUGCUCCUAUCAGGCUCACCAGGGUGCAGUCACUGUGGUGUUGUUCGUUUUGGAGAUGGAGUGGGUCCUGAGCACAGGUCAGGAUAAGAACUUCACUUGGCAUUGCUCAGAGAGCGGCCAUUCUUUAGGGACGUACAGGACCGCUGCAUGGGUCACAGGACUUCAGUUUGAUGUGGAGACCAGACAUGCAUUUGUGGGGGAUCACUCAGGUCAGGUGACUAUUCUGAAACUGGAACAAGACAACUGCAGUUUAGUCACCACCUUUAAAGGCCACACGGGAAAUGUAACAGCCUUGUGUUGGGACCCUGUCCAGAGAGUCUUGUUUUCUGGAAGUUCAGAUCAUUCUAUCAUUAUGUGGGACAUCGGUGGUCGUAAAGGCACAGCCAUUGAGCUGCAGGGACACAAUGACAAGGUACAAGGGCUAUGCUUUGCACCACACACUCGUCAGCUUAUUUCUUGCGGAGCUGAUGGUGGGAUUGUUGUGUGGAACAUGGACGUCAAACGACAAGAGACUCCGGAAUGGCUAGACAGCGACUCUUGUCAGAAAUGCGAGCAACCGUUCUUCUGGAACUUUAAACAGAUGUGGGACAGCAAAAAGAUUGGCCUGCGCCAGCACCACUGCAGGAAGUGUGGCAAGGCUGUGUGUGGAAAGUGCUCGUCCCUGCGCUCCACCAUCCCUCUGAUGGGCUUUGAGUUCCAGGUGCGAGUGUGUGAUGAAUGCCACAAAUCCAUCACCGAUGAAGAGCGAGCACCCACAGCAUCAUUCCAUGACAGCAAACACACAAUUGUGUACGUUCACUACGAGCCGACCAGGAGCUGGCUGCUGACCUCUGGGACAGACAGGGUCCUCAAGCUAUGGGACAUGACACCUGUUGUAUCCUGAAGAUCACUACAGCACUCUGGUCAGAAAUUCUGACCUUGAGGAUUUUUAAUACUGGCACUGACAAUGGAGGGGGGAGGGAGGGUGGGUGUAUUUGUGUGUAGGAACAGGAGCAUGUUACAAUGGACCAGUGAUCAUUAUCUUGUGUAAAUACUUAACAUUUGUCAGCCUUGCACCAUUUGUGAACAACGAAGUGCACUGAUUGUACUGUGACACGUUUUCAUGUUUUCAAAGAAAAUACUUGUACUUGCGUGUCUUUACAUGGAUGAGGAAAAAAUUAAAAACCUUAAAAAAAUAAAAUGAUU